GUUGUGAAUUUUUCGGUACAUGUCGCGGCACAGAAACAUAAGAGCGUUGUGUGAUGAUGGUACGCGUUACCAUUGUUUUAAUAGAAACUGAACUAAUAAAUAGAUGUCGAUACUUAUGACGAAGCCUUCGCUAGUUCAGUUGAUGAUGACUAUACAAUAUCCCCGAACACAUCAGAACGAUACAUAUAUAAUCCGGACAGUGUAUUCAAGCAAGACAUAUCAGUAUCUUUAAAGAAUGUCAAACCAUUAAGUUUCACAGCAGAAGAUUUCCCGGAAAAUGAUUCCAAAAACCUUAAAGCAGAAGAUUCUCCUGGAGUUGUGUCUGGACGAAUAGGGUCUUGUCAGGCAUUUGAUUUCUCCGCACCAAAAACUAACGAAGUUACGGGUCAAAAUGAUAACGUGCAUGGAUCUGAUGAGGUGUUUGGCAACAGUGAUCUUUUUGAUUCAAGUAAUUUUAAACGUUUGAACACAAGUGUCGUUGGGGGAGAUAACUUAGUGAACAGUACAAUUUCUGUAAAUAAGUCCAAAGUAGAGGAGUUGGAUUUUGAGUUGCUUGAUCGUUUAACUUCACAAUCCUCUUCAGCUCAACAGUCGUUUGAGAAGCCUUUUAAAACCACAGUUAGUGUACAAGAUACCACAAAUCGCCUUAAGUCCAAAUCAACUGACCUUCAUUUUUUGUCGAAAACAACUAACCUUUUUAGCUCCAACUGUAGUAUUUCAAAGUUAGCUGGCAUUACAACUAAUGAUAUUCCGACAAAAAAUAUUAACAGUGCUGGGUGUCUCAUAGGGUAUAAAACUCCUAGUUUCUUUGGCUUGUUGAUGUCAUCGUAUACCGCUGAUAAAUCGAAAGGAUUUGAUGGAAUGUUAUCAAGGUUUUCAAACAUUAUAGUCCGUACCCGUUCACCCAUUUAUAACUACCUAUUCGCACCUCGUACUGUCUCUGGAUUUGUUUUCGAUAUUCCGGAGCCAAAGACUUUUGAACGUGGUGGUUCAAAACUAGCUAGUGUAACGACAAAGCCGUGCAGUCAACGGAAACUCACAGCACAUGCUUUAUGUGUACCUCAAGCACGUCCUACGGAAGGGAUCAAUCAUGCUGAUACAUCAUUAUUAAAUUUAUCUCUUUCUCAGAAAUUGACUAUCUCUAGUCAUUCUGAUGAACGUUCUAACUUCUUACGUACUCCGGGCAAUAAUUCAGCAACUCCUAGUAAACCCAUUGACCGGCAUUCUUUGGUAAACGAAUAUUCUAAAUUGCAUAAAGAGUCAGCAGAAAAAGAGAUUAUUAAUCUUAUCGUUAUGGGACAUGUGGAUGCUGGUAAAAGCACUCUAAUGGGAAAUCUACUUUGUUUGUUGGGACAUGUUUCUAGCAAACAAUUAGCUAAAUACCAAUGGGAUGCACAAAAACUGGGCAAAGCAUCAUUCGCCUAUGCAUGGAUUCUAGAUCAAACCUCAGAGGAAAGAAAUCGUGGCGUUACAAUGGAUAUUGCACAAACUUCAUUUGAAACAAAAUCAAAACGAGUUGCUCUAAUGGAUGCUCCUGGACAUAAGGAUUUUGUUCCACAAGUUAUUGGCGGUGCGACUCAAGCUGAUGCUGCUCUCCUAGUUAUCAAUGCUACUCGGGGUGAAUUUGAAACUGGAAUUGGUGCUGGAGGUCAGACAAGGGAACAUGCUCGAUUGGCUCGUUUAUUAGGAGUUUCUCGUUUAAUUGUCGCUGUAAACAAAAUGGAUACAGUAGAAUGGUGUCAGUCACGAUUCAAUGAAAUUCAGACACAAAUAUCUAGUUUUUUAAAAUCUAUGAAUUUUUCCGGAGUUGUGUAUUGUCCAGUAUCUGGGUUGGUCGGGGCUAACUUAGUACCUCAAAAUUUGUCCAAUAGCAGUAAAAAUACUUCAGAGACAGGUUCUAACCUGUUUACGUGGUAUACGGGACCUUCGUUACUCGAACUUAUCGAUUCAAUUCCAUCACCAGAUAGAACUGUUGAUGGACCUUUUCGUUUUGUUGUCAGUGAUAUAUUUAAACCUGCUGGUUCCAGUGUACCAAUGGUUGCUGGACGAGUUAUAUCUGGAGCUAUUUCUAGUGGUGUAAAUAUACCUACAAGUAAAGUUAUUUGUUUGCCAAGUGAUGUACGAACUUGUGUGAAAUCUAUCAGAUCAUUGUGUAAUACUCGUACAAGUCAAAAUGAUGCUGAAGGUGAUCUUGGAGGCAAAUUAUUAGAUCAAGUUGUUAAAUUUGCAUUUGCCGGUGAUCAAGUGGCGUUGAUGUUGACAGAUAUUGAUCCAUUUCAAACUCUUAUUCCUGGUGAUUUACUUACUGAUCCAGACAAUCCAAUACAACCAUCCACUUGUAUUUCAGCUAAAUUGUUAGUAUUCUCUAUACAACAACCUAUUACGAAAGGUUAUCCUGUAAGUGUCAUUAUUGUCAGUUUCGUUGAUUGUCCUUAUUGUUUUUACUGUUCUGUUUACCUUAUGAAUCUUGCCUCAUUUAUGUUAGUUGAAUAUUAUUCAAUCAGCAAUAUCAUUUCUAGAUGUUACUGUGUUUUUCACAGAUGAAACAAUUUAUUUUGUCAAUAAUACCACACUUCUCUUGUUAUUGUGUUUUUUUCUGUUUGCAUAGCGUUGGAUGGUUUAUAAGAUACGCCUACAUUUCAACAGUCAAUUUGUAUUCUCCAAUAUUUUCUUCAUAUAUAGUAGGAUAUUUCGUUUGUUAUUUUCUAUGUUUGAUUUUAUUUACUUGUUAAUGAGUUUGAUAAAUAUUAUUUGAUGAAAUUGGGGUGAGCAGUUGUUCUUUUGAAAGUUGGUGCCUUACUUCAUUUCUCCGUAUAAUUGGUGUGUUGCAAUGUGUCGUCACUCUUUUGAUUAAAAGUUGAUUUUGCAAAUUUUUCUAUAGUUGUCAUUGUAUUUAAGAAUUUAAUUUGUAUAUGUGCUCUUUCUUUCGGUAUAUUUGAGCAUCCAGUCAUUCUAUAAUGGUUCUAGUUUUCAAUAUUUUCAAAUUGUCUAACUCAGUGAACUCAGUCUUGCUGAAAUCCUUGCUCCUGGUGUUUUUGUGUUGCACCGAAUGAACAGGAAGUUUAUUUGCUUGUCGCAUUGAUAUACAUUCAUGGAACAUCAUAUCUUUCUCUAUACGUACUAAAUCUUUCUGUCCUAUAUCCUUAUAUGCAAUCUUUCUUUUAUAUAUUACCACAAUUGAAGUAACUAUUCCUAUGAAUCCGCUGUUCAUCUUGCUAUGCUAAUGAGGUAUGGCAACUUGGACCUAUGCAUUUAUGUGCCUGAUCCUACGUUGUAGCUGACACUGACUAAGUAACACCAUUGAAAAAACGUAUCACAAUAUUAAAUUAUCAUUCUUUUCAAUCGACAGCUUCCAUUUAAUUAACAACUAAAUGUUGUCACAAUUAAUGAACGUAGGAAUUUCCAAGUCUUUUGUGUGUAGUAGUUGAAUGUUUUAUUAUUUACACUAUAUUGGUCAGUAAUAUAUAGUUAAUUGGUCUUUUGAAGAUAAAUUUUCGAAGAGUUGAUUGCGGAUAUUCAUGAACUUCUGUUAUAUUUCGGUUAUAUAUGUAUUACUCUGUCAAUCGAAAUCCAGUAUAAAAUACACAUGUUGCUUACAACUCACAACUUACGUCUGUUACAUCUAGUGGAGAAGCAUAAGCCGCCGAUCAGGAUUCUCCAACCAACACUGUCCUGGGCUCUGCUUUCCAGAUUUGUAAAGUGCUAUUCAUUCCUUUAAUAUCUACCUCCGGUCCCUGGCGCUAUGUGUUCUUUGAUAUGCUUUACAUUUUACCUUGCAGAUUCCAUGUCAGGAAUUGCCUUGUGAUGCAUUUCAAUGCUUUCUGCAAUAUAUAUCAUACCUACCUUUAUCGUUUUUUUAUAAUUUACUCUUUAUCUGCCAUAGCAUGUUGUUGCUGAUAGUAUCGGGUCAACAGAUUUGUAGUAUCUUGCGUAGACAAUUGUUUAUAAAUACUUUCACUUUUUCGAUGACGUUUGCAGUAGUUCUCCAAUUUUCAUCUACAUACAGUUGAACUUUCUUGCCGUUUGUAAUGAAAAUUCUGACUUUGAUUUUAGCUAACAUAAUGAAGUAGAAAGUUCAUCUAAGGUAUAACUAUAAUGAAUUUUGAUAAUAUUAUUCAACAACAUUAUAAUAAAAUCCACCUUAUUUGAAAUCACCUUGUUAUUUUCGAUUAAAAUGUAAAGGAAUUUCUCUUUACUACUGAAAUACAUAUCACAGUAGUUUUAUGUGAUCAAGUAAAAAAAACAAUUUUUGAGUUAUGUGAACAAAUUAAUUUUAAAGUAUAACUUCUGUCAUGUUUAAUGGGUUUUUCUCUUUGUAUAUAAAUGACAAUGUAUAAAAAGGUUACUAUUGGUUAGUUUUAACUGUAUUGUAGUAUUCCAAUUUAUACACAUUAGCAGUUGAUAUUCAGUUUUUUAUUUUAGAAUUGUAAAUUGAAUAUUCUCUACUUAUCUCUUUUCAGGUUAUAUACUAUUAUAAUUGUGCCAAUGUUGCAGCUACUAUUACUAAAUUAAAAUCCAUGACUUAUCGAGAAAACAAAAUAGAAAAAGUUGUUCGAAAACCAAGAUGUCUUCUUGGUAAUUGUACAGCAAAUGUAGAGUUAACAUUUGAAAGACCGAUUUGUAUAGAAGUUUAUGAAAAAUGUAAACCUCUUGGACGAUUUAUGCUUCGUGUUGGCGGUGAAUCAAUUGCUGGUGGUACUGUAACUAAG